AUGACGCCUACGACCGUUCAAGAACAACAGCUUCCGCUCCAUCAAGUGUUUCUCAAUUUCCGAGGAUUUGACGGGCGCUACAGCUUCAUCAGUCAUCUGGAGGCUGCGUUGAAAACCGCUGAGAUCAAUGUGUUCAUAGACACGAAAGAGGAAAGAGGAAAAGAUCUAACCAGCCUUUUCCGUAGGAUCGAGGAAUCAAACAUGGCAUUAGUCGUGUUCUCGGAAAGUUACAUGGAAUCAGAAUGGUGUUUGAAAGAGCUAGCUAAGAUCAAAGAACGAGUGGAUGAUAACAAACUUGUGGCCAUUCCCAUUUUCUUUAAGGUUGAGCCAACUGAAUUAGAAAACCUUCUUAAUGUAGCCUGUCAGACACAUGGAAAUGUGCAUGACACUCACAUUUUGAACAAAUGGAAGGAGGCAUUGAAGUGUAUGAAGUCAAGGAUGGGAUUGGAAUUGAAGGGCAACAGUUCUGAGCAUGUCUUCACCGAGAAAAUCGUCGAGGAAGUCAAGAAAACCCUCCUUACCGCUCCAUCUUUGGAAGGUGAAAAGCCUGAAGUGGCUAAUCCCUCUGGAAUCGAGUAUCGGGUCAAGCAAGUCGAGGAAAAGCUUGAUUUUGAUCGCUGCGACGAAACUCGAAUCGUUGGAAUCGUUGGGAUGCCUGGGAUCGGAAAAACCACUCUGGCCACGGAGCUUUUCAACAGGUAUAAAUACAAGUUCUGUCGUUGCGUGAAUUUUCUGAAGAUCGGCGACAAAUGGAGUAAGUUUGGCGCUGAUCGUCUGAGGAAGAUGUUCCUUGAAGCUUUACUACAGGUCACAAACAUAAGUGAUGAUGAUGAUGAUGAUGAUGAUGCUACACAUGGUUGUUUAGAGAGUAAGCUGCUUUCGAAUAAAGUCUUUGUUGUUCUUGAUGAUGUGACUAGGGCAAGACAAUUACAAGUUCUUCUUGGUAACCGAAACUGGAUUAAGGAAGGAAGCAGGAUUGUUAUUACAACCCGUGAUAGGACACUCAUCACUGAGUUAGAUCCAAAUCCUUACGUGGUUCCAAGAUUGAAUCUUGGAGACGGGUUGAGUUACUUCAGCUUUUAUGCCUUUGAAGCUCGCGACUGCACUCACGAGGAUGAAAUUUUCAAGCAAAUGUCUAGAGAGUUUGUGGAUUACGCUAGAGGCAAUCCAUUGGCUCUUAGAAUGUUGGGUAAGGAUCUACGUUGGAAAGGUGAGGCUCAAUGGAAAGCGUGGCUUGAUACAUCGGCGAAAUGCCCCCACAAAAUCAUUCAAAACCUGUUGACGAGUAGUUAUAAUCAACUUAGUGAAAAAGAGAAAGAUGUGUUCCUUGACAUAGCAUGUUUCUUCAGAUCAGAGGAUGAGUAUUAUGCUAGAAGCUUAUUGGAUUCUGGCGAUUGUGAGUCCUUUCAAGCUGUGAGGGAGAUAACGGAUCUUUCCCACAAGUUCUUAAUUAGUAUCUCCGGUGGAUGCGUAGAGAUGCCCGAUUUACUACAUACAUUCGCCAUGGAACUUUGUUCAUCAUCAUCUUGCGGGGUUAAUCAGGAGAAACGUAGGCUGUGGAAUUGGAAUUACAUUAUCGCUGCGCUGCAUGGCAAAAUGGAAACCCAAUCUGUGAGAGGUAUUUCGCUAGACAUGUCUAAAGUAACAAAAAUGUCUUUAGAGAGUUCGGUCUUUACCAACAUGUGCAAUCUCCGCUACCUUAAACUCUACAGUUCUACUUGUCCACUGGAAUGUGAAGGCGACUGCAAAUUAAACUUCCCUGAUGGACUUUCAUUUCCAUUGGAAGAGGUUCGAUAUCUCGACUGGCUAAAAUUCCCGUUGAAGGAACUUCCAUCAGACUUCUCCCCGAAGAAUCUUGUUGAUCUCAGGCUGCCUUACAGCAAGAUUAAACAAGUCUGGAAAGUUUCCAAGGAGACACCGAAACUGAAGUGGGUCGAUCUUAACAACUCGAGAAUGUUGCAGAAAUUGUCAGGGUUUUCAAAGGCUCCAAACCUUUUGAGAUUGAAUCUUGAAGGUUGCACAAGUCUAGAAUGUUUGUCUGAAGAGAUGAAAACAAUGGAAAGUCUUGUUUUCUUAAACCUAAGAGGAUGCACAAGUCUUCGGUCUCUACCGGAGAUGAAUCUGAGGUCAUUGACGACUCUCAUCCUCAGUGGCUGUUUUAACCUUCGUGAAUUUCGGCUAAUUUCCGAAAAUAUAGAAUCUCUGUAUUUAGAUGGAACUGCAAUAAUGGAUCUCCCAACAGACAUUGUGAAGCUUCAGAGACUUAUCUUAUUGAAUCUGAAAGAGUGCAGAAGGCUGGAGAAUAUUCCAGAAUGUAUCGGAAAACUUAAAGCUGUUCAAGAACUGAUUCUCUCUGGCUGCUCAAAUCUCAAGAGUUUUCCUAAUCUUGAAGACACAAUGGAAAAUUUCCGUGUUUUACUACUUGAUGGAACUUCAGUACUUGAGAUGCCAAAGAUAAUUAGUCGUAGUAACAGCCUAUCGUAUCUGCGGCGUCUAUCUUUCAGAGGAAAUGAUGUGAUCAGCAGCUUAGGAUCUGACAUCAGUCAACUGUAUCAUCUAAAAUGGCUGGACUUGAAGUAUUGCAAGAAACUCAGGUCUCUUUCAACACUUCCACCGAAUCUCCAGUGCUUAGAUGCACACGAUUGUAUCUCUCUACAAACAGUCACAAGUCCUUUAGCCUUUCUUAUGCCAACAGAAGAUACUCACUCCAUGUUCAUCUUCACUAACUGUUGCAAACUCAAUGAAGCUGCAAAGAAUGACAUUGCAUCCCACAUUCUUACAAAAUGCCGAUUGAUCUCAGAUGAUCACCAUAACGAGAGUUUUGUCUUUCGAGCUCUGAUCGGGACUUGCUAUCCUGGAUAUGAAGUACCUCCCUGGUUCAGUCAUCAAGCCUUUAGCUCAGUGUUAGAACCAAAGCUACCUCCACAUUGGUGCGACAGUAAGUUUCGUGGGCUAGCUCUUUGUGCCAUUGUCUCGUUUAGUGGCUACAGAGAUAAAAAAAACCUUCUUCUGGUUAAGUGCACAUGUGAGUUUGAAAACUUAGAUGCAUCAUGUAGCCAGUUUAGUGUUCCUGUUGGAGGUUGGUUCGAACAAGGAAAUGAGCCGCGUACGGUUGAGUCAGACCAUGUCUUUAUCGGCUACAUUAGUUGGUUGAACAUCAAGAAAAGACAAGAAGAGAAGUACAAGAGCGGAUGUGUUCCUACGAAAGCUAAUCUUACAUUCUCUGUGACGGAUGAAACUGGUGAAGUGAUUGCACAAUGUAAAAUUGAGAAGUGUGGGUUCGGUUUGGUGUAUGAACCUGAGGAUGAAGUUAGUAAAGUUGUUUCUUUGGCGGCGGCUAGAACGAGGAUGAAUGGUGAGAGUAGACAAAGCGAAGAAAGCAUUCUCACAUCUUCAGAAUGUGAUUAUCCAGCUGAAAGUCCAACGACAGCUAAUUCGACAAAUCUGAAUGGAUCGUUUGGUGAGGCCCGAGGGUAAUCCUUUAGAGCUCACAUGAUGGUUUAAAGCUUGUGGAAACACAAAUUCGUUUGUGAUUAUAAUAAUCAGGUAGUUUGAUUAAGCACUCAUCUUAUGUUUCAUUUUCUACAACAUACGGAUGACUAUCAAGAGAAGAUUUGAACUUGAAGGAGUUUAGGUGUCUACUUUUCACAAUUGAGUCCAUGGUUUUUUAUUAGUUUUCUAAUUAAGGUCUUGUUCUUCCGUAUAAGGUUAUAUACCUGAUAAUGUAAUGUAUUGUUUUAA